AUGCACAGUGUAAGCGAGACAGAAGACAAGGAACAAAAUGAAUUUACCUCAGAACCUCUUUCAAGUGUUGCUUUUUCGAAAGAUUCAUCUCUUGGCGACAAAGUUGUUCGUUACAAAUUUAAAAUUGAAGGGAGAGCUCAAGCUGAUUUAAACUUUGCUCUCCUAGAUUUAUUGGUACAUUUUCAACAUGUUUGUGAACAUCUUUACAAGGAAUGGAGGGGUCUCAAAGCUUCGCUUUAUUGUGCAGUUUUGCUCUCAAAACCUAACCCGGCAUUAAAUCAGAACGAAGAAACAAUUGUAGCGCAUUUGCGGUCCGACACGUUUGUUCUUCUUGGUGUUGAUUCAAAGACCAUUGAUGAAUUAAUUCAGGCAGCCUGUAUGUCUUUGCUUUCACAAUUAGAUUCAUUUUCGGAGAACGGAUCAGGGUGGUACCUCGAAGAGGUGUUACAAGUUCAUUUGAAUGCAGCGAGCUACAAUCCACUCUCGGGUGGUUGCUACUUGCAACGUGAAAUUCCUAAAUGGAUUAAACAUACACGGUCUUGUAUUGAUAUACCUCGUUCUGGUAAUCAGUGUUUCCUUUAUUCUGUACUUGCUUGCCUUCUUUCUUGUAAAUACAAAAAUUUAGCAGGAAAAAGCCUAGGCUUUUUUCAGAAGUAUGAAUCAUUAGUAGACGUGUCUAUGAUAGAUUUUCCAGUAAAAAUUAACCAAAUAUCUCGUUUUGAAUCUAAAAAUCAAAAUCUUGCAGUAAAUGUUUUUGGUGUAGAAAAGAAACAAAAGACGUUUUUCCCUAUUCGCGUUUCAAAAAAACGUGGCGACAACAUUUGUUGGAUCGAUUUAUUGUUUUUAAACAACCAUUAUGUUGCGAUUGUUGACAAAUCUAGACUUUUUUCAGCUACAUUAUCUAAAAAUGGACACAAAAGAUUUUUUUGUGACUACUGCGUUAACAGUUUUGUAUCUAAAAGAGAACGCAAGCUUCACACAGAAUUGUGUCAGAAACAAACCCCUCAAAAAACAUUUUUGCCCUCAGAUGAGUUUUCUAAACUUCAGUUUUCUAAAAUCGAGUACACUGAAAUAUUAGACUUUUUCAUCGUUCUAGAUUUUGAAGUCAUUUUGCCUCAGAUUGGUGUUCUAAACAGUUCAACUACAUCAUCAUCAUGGACAAGUUUUACUCAAAAACAUGUUCCGUGUACUUUUGCUUUUUGUACAGUAGACUGUCUUGGUAAUUUGUACACUCAGCCUGUAGUGUACAACGGACUUGAUGCUGCUGUAGUUUUACUAAAAGAACUCCAAAAGGAGGCAGACAAACUGUUGAACCUUCCUGCUAAACCAAUGCUUCCAUUUACGCCAGGCGAUCAAAAAAGGUUUGAAAGUGCGAUUUGUUGUGAAAAAUGUUCUGUACCUUUUGACAGUUCUAAUCCUCCAAACAGAGAUCAUAAUCAUUUUACUGGGGCUUUGAGAGCAAUUCUGUGCGCCAAAUGCAAUUUGAAACUUAAAUGCAGACGAACGAUAACAUGUUUGUGUCACAACUUAACAUCCUAUGAUCAAUUUAUCUUGCUAGAAGCUAUCGCUGAGAUUUUUAAUCCUAGCUGCGAUAAAUUAAAAAUUAUUCCCCGAACGUUAGAAAAGUACAGAAGUUUUACUUUUAAUAAACUUAGAUUUGUAGACAGCUUUUCUUUUAUGUCUGCAAGCUUAGAAAAGCUCGUAAAAACCUUGGGACCCUUAGAUUUUCAGAUUUUUGAACAACAUUUCACUAACAAAUCGUUGCGUGACCUUUUGAGAAAUUCUAAACAAAAAUUUCCUUAUGAAUAUUGUACUAGUUUUGAGAGGCUAAAAGAAAAGCAGUUACCUAGUAUGGCUAGUUUUUACUCGUCUUUAACAGACGAGACUAUUUCACUGCAAGAGUACAACCAAUGUCAGAAAAUAUUUGACUCUUUUGAAUGUCAAAACCUGCAAGACUAUCUUAAUGUUUAUGUUAAAUGCGACAUUCUCCUGCUUGCCUGUUGCAUUCAAAAUUUUAGGAAAGUAAACUUUGAGUGGUAUGGAAUAGAUUGUUUACAUUUCAUCUCUGCUCCCUCGUUCUAUUAUCAAGCUUGUUUGAAAAUGAGCGGUGUGGUUUUAGACCUCUUUCAAGAUCCUAAUGAGUAUUUGAUGGUAGAAAAUGGCAUUCGAGGUGGGCUCUCUCAAGUCUUUCAGAGACACUGCAAAGCAAAUAAUCCUUCUCUAAAGAAUUACGAUUCGACCAAGCCUACUUCCUAUGCAGUCUUGCUUGAUCAGAAUUCGCUUUAUGCAGCCGCCCAAUAUCAUUUUAAAAUGCCCGUGGGAAAUUAUCGUUGGUUGACUCAAGAUGAAAUCAAACAACUUGAUGUUCUAAAUUUGAAUCUAGACGGGGAAAUGGGUUAUAUUUUUUAUUUGGACUUGAUAUAUCCACAAUCUAUAAAAGAAUUCACUAAACAAUUUCCUCUUUGUCCUACAACAGAAAAUAUUUGUUACAACAUGCUAUCUGAUUAUCAGAAACAAUGGCUAAACGAUAUGGGUGUUCGUUAUCCUACUAAAGGUGUCACCAAACUUGUUGCGUCUCAACUUGAUAAAAACAAUUUAACUAUUCAUUUGGCUCCCCUUCAAACUUAUCUCAAGUUAGGUAUGAAAAUAGGAAAGAUACAUAGAGUCCUAACUUACUCUCAAUCUUAUUGGCUUCAAAAUUGGGUUCAAUUUAAUAUUGACAAGCGUAAAUUGGCUAAAACUAAGCUGGAGCAAGACACCAGCAAAUUAUCAAUCAAUUCUGUUUUUGGUAGUUUUUUGCUGUGUAAGCGAAAGCAGCGGCGAGUUACAUUAGUCUCAAACGAGAGACAAUUGAGAAGGCUUGUUUCAUCACCGCUCUUUACCAAUGCAAACGUUAUCAAUAACAGACUGUGUGUUGUAGAACAUCGGCCUAGCUUUGUUGUAUUAGAUAGACCCUACAUUUUGGGCUUUUGUAUUCUGGAACAUGCUAAAACUAUAGUGUAUCGUUUCUACUAUGACACUCUAGUGAAAGUCUUUGGGGAGAGGAUGAAUCUGGCCUACGUCGAUACUGACUCAUACUUCCUUACAAUUAAAACUGACAAUUUGUAUGAAGAAUUCAAGAAGCUCUCUGCUCAUUUAGACACUUCAAACUAUAACCCCCUUCACCCCUUGUACUCGUUAGAAAAUAAAGGCCGUUUGCUUUGCGUUAAGGAUGAGUUAGCUGGUCGACCCAUUUCUGAGGCUAUUUUUAUCAAGUCUAAAUGUUAUUGUAUUCAGGUUGAUGACGAUACUUGCACUAAAAAGCUUAAGGGUGUCUCUAGGCGGUCUGUAGACAAACGUUUGACUUUUGACGACUAUUUAAACUGUUUGUAUGAGAACCGCAAAAUUUUUGUCCAACAAAUGCAGAUAACAAACAAAGAUUUUAAGUUGUACACUGCUAAAAGUAAUCGUUUGGCUAUUUCUUCGUUUGAUGACAAGUCAUAUUACUUGGAUUCUGUAACACUGCAACCCCACGGGUAUAAAUAA